AUGCAGCGCAAUCAGCAAUCGCGCACGCGACACGACAAAUCGCCGAUAGCGAUCGGCAGAUGUUCUAACACAAUAGCUCUACCUCGACUUGCUGACCGGCUACGGUCCAUCUACAAAUCAGAUUCCCCAUUCCCUCGCCGCAAGUGCGACAACGGAGGAUCGGUUAUGAUAUUCAUAUAUCGCGCUCGCGUGAUAGUUUCUGACGGGUCGCCUAUGCUCCCCGACGGGCCGCCUCUAUGGAACAAAGAUGAACUUGCAUUUUCGAAUAUAAUGGACGAACUUUUUCUGUUUCCUCGUAGCUAUUGGGCGCACGGUGAGAAAAUUGCCGCGUGGCGUAACCUGACGUCCUUCACCGAUGAGCAAAAGGAGAAGUUGAAGAAGCACAAGUCAGAAUGCCUAUCGGAGACGAAGGUGGAAGAGGCGUUGGUGAACAAGGUGAAGACUGGUGAUUACAAGACCGAAAACGAUGCCCUGAAGAAGUACGCCCUCUGCAUGAUGAUCAAGUCAGAGCUGAUGACCAAGGAGGGCAAGUUCAAGAAGGACGUCGCUCUGGCUAAAGUUCCUAACCCAGCUGACAAACCAGCGGUAGAGAAGGUGAUCGACGCCUGCCUAGCCAACAAAGGGAACACCCCCCACCAGACGGCCUGGAACUACGUCAAGUGCUACUACGAAAAGGACCCCAAACACGCCAUUUUGACCCAAUAAGAGCUCCAAAUAGAGUAUCUUUUUGCUCAAGCUGUCUUCAAGAUUGGUGAUCCAUGGCCAAUGUCAUUUGUUCCUAUACUAGUCAGUUGAUUGAUAGUGACAUCAACAGUGACCUACGAAUCGGUCAAGUCAGUUAUGACCCCAAACUGACACUUAGCUUGAGCAAUUGAGAUAACCUGUUUAUUGAAAGGCAAAUACUUUGGUUCAUCAUCAUUGGCUUUAGCUAUCAAAGUAUCAACAUCAUCUAAGAACAUCAAUUUGUAACCUUUAUUUUCAAAAACCAUGUCAUAAGUACAUGUUCUAUUUCUACUAAAUUCAUCGUCAAAUUAAAUACAGGGAACAAUUUGGUUGUAAAAUCUUUAUCAAUACGGUGACUGCCCAAGCGAAUUUAUUAAUUAGAGAAAUAAACAGUGGAAUUAUA